AUGCAGCCAGUGUACGCGGAGGCGAAGCCCAACCCUCUGCAGGACGCGAACCUUUGCUCGCGCGUGUUCUUCUGGUGGCUCAAUCCCUUGUUUAAGAUCGGUCAUAAACGGAGAUUAGAAGAAGAUGACAUGUACUCGGUGCUUCCUGAAGAUCGCUCCAAGCACCUGGGAGAAGAGCUGCAAGGGUUCUGGGACAAAGAAGUUUUAAGAGCCGAGGAUAAUGCACAGAAGCCUUCUUUAACAAAAGCAAUCAUAAAGUGUUAUUGGAAGUCCUAUUUAGCUUUGGGAAUUUUUGCAUUAAUUGAGGAAAGCACCAGAGUAGUUCAGCCCGUAUUUCUGGGGAAAAUGAUCAGUUAUUUUGAAAAUUAUGAUCCCACGGAUACUGUGGCUUUGCACACAGCUUAUGCCUAUGCCGCAGGACUGACUGUCUGCUCGCUGAUUUUGGCCAUACUGCACCACUUAUAUUUUUACCACGUUCAGUGUGCCGGCAUGAGGUUAAGAGUAGCCAUGUGCCAUAUGAUUUAUCGGAAGGCACUUUGUCUUAGUAACAUGGCCAUGGGGAAGACAACCACAGGCCAGAUAGUCAAUCUGUUGUCCAAUGAUGUGAACAAGUUUGAUCAGAUGGAGAGCUCCUGGAAUAAAACUGCUGCUUUCACGGAUGCCAGGAUCAGGACCAUGAAUGAAGUUAUAACUGGUAUAAGAAUAAUUAAAAUGUAUGCUUGGGAAAAGCCAUUUGCAGACCUUAUUGCCAAUUUGAGAAGAAAGGAAAUCUCCAAGAUACUGAGAAGUUCCUACCUCAGAGGGAUGAAUUUGGCAUCAUUUUUCAGCGCAAGCAAAGUUAUCGUGUUCGUGACCUUCACCUGCUAUGUGCUCCUUGGCAAUGUGAUUAUGGCCAGCCAAGUGUUUGUGGCAGUGUCUCUGUAUGGAGCGUUACGGUUGACAGUCACCCUCUUCUUCCCCUCUGCCAUUGAGAAGGUGUCAGAAUCGAUCGUCAGCAUCCGAAGAAUCCAGGACUUUCUAUUACUUGAUGAAAUAUCAAAACAGAACCCUCACCCUCUCUCAGAUGGUAAAAGGACCGUCCACGUGCAAGAUUUUACUGCUUUUUGGGAUAAGGAGGCAGAAACGCCAACCCUACAAGGCCUUUCUUUCACUGUCCGACCUGGCGAACUGUUAGCAGUGAUUGGACCUGUGGGAGCAGGAAAGUCAUCCCUGUUGAGUGCCGUGCUUGGGGAGCUGCCCCCGAGUCAGGGGCUGGUCAGUGUGCAUGGAAGAAUCGCCUAUGUUUCUCAGCAGCCCUGGGUGUUUUCAGGAACUGUGAGAAGUAAUAUUUUAUUUGGGAAGAAAUAUGAAAGGGAACGAUACGACAAAGUCAUAAAGGCUUGUGCUCUGAAAAAGGACUUACAGCUUCUGGAGGAUGGGGAUCUGACGGUGAUAGGAGAUAGGGGAACCACGCUGAGUGGAGGGCAGAAGGCACGUGUGAACCUCGCAAGAGCAGUGUAUCAAGACGCCGACAUCUACCUCCUGGACGAUCCCCUCAGUGCAGUAGAUGCAGAAGUUGGCAAGCACCUGUUUGAACUGUGUUGUCUAGAAUCUGGCUUAACUCCUGGCUCUCACUUGGUGGUUCUGAAAUUUGGUGAAAUGGUGCAGAAGGGGACUUACACCGAGUUUCUGAAAUCUGGGGUAGAUUUUGGUUCCCUUUUAAAGAAGGAAAAUGAGGAUACUGAACAGCCCUCAGUUUCAGAGACCCCCACGCUGAGGAGUCGGACCUUCUCAGAGUCUUCGAUUUGGUCUCAGCAGUCUUCUAGACCCUCACUGAAGGAUGGUGCUCCGGAGGGCCAAGAUACUGACGAUGUACAGGCAACACUACCGGAAGAGACCCGAUUGGAAGGAAAAGUUGGUUUUAAGGCCUACAAGAAUUACUUGACAGCCGGUGCACACUGGACAGUCAUCAUUUUCCUCAUUCUCCUAAACGUUGCAGCUCACGUUGCCUAUAUUCUCCAGGAUUGGUGGCUUUCUUACUGGGCAAAUAAACAGAGUAUGCUGAAUGUCACUGUAAAUGGAAGAGAGCUCGAAACCGAGAAGCUAGAUCUUAACUGGUACUUAGGAAUUUACUCAGGUUUAACCGUAGCUACCGUCCUCUUUGGCAUCGCAAGAUCUCUGUUGGUAUUCUACGUCCUUGUUAAUUCUUCACAAACAUUGCACAACAAAAUGUUUGAGUCAAUUCUGAAAGCUCCCGUAUUAUUCUUUGAUAGAAAUCCGAUAGGAAGAAUUUUAAAUCGUUUCUCCAAAGACAUCGGACAUUUGGACGAUUUGCUGCCUAUGACAUUUUUAGAUUUCAUCCAGAUAUUUCUUCAGAUGGUUGGUGUGAUUGCUGUGGCUGUGGCCGUGAUUCCUUGGAUGGCGAUACCUUUGGUUCCUCUCGGCAUCGCUUUCAUUUUUCUUCGGCAGUAUUUCUUAGAAACAUCAAGAGAUGUCAAACGCCUGGAAUCUGCAACACGGAGUCCGGUGUUUUCCCACUUAUCGUCUUCUCUCCAGGGGCUCUGGACCAUUCGCGCAUACAAAGCUGAAGAGCGGUUUCAGGAGCUGUUUGAUGCACAUCAGGAUUUACACUCAGAGGCUUGGUUCUUAUUUCUGACAACGUCCCGAUGGUUCGCCGUGCGUUUGGAUGCCAUCUGUACCAUUUUUGUGAUCGCUGUUGCCUUUGGGUGUCUGCUUCUGGCAAAAACUUUGGAUGCUGGGCAGGUCGGCUUGGUGUUGUCCUAUGCCCUCACCCUCAUGGGGAUGUUCCAGUGGGGCGUUAGACAAAGCGCUGAACUUGAGAAUAUGAUGAUUUCUGUGGAAAGGGUGAUUGAAUAUACAAAUCUUGAAAAAGAAGCCCCUUGGGAAACCCAGAAACGCCCGCCUGCGUCCUGGCCCCAUGAAGGAAUGAUCAUCUUUGACAAUGUCAACUUCAUGUACAGUUUAGAUGGGCCUGUGGUACUCAAGCACCUGACAGCACUCAUCAAAUCACGGGAAAAGGUUGGCAUUGUAGGAAGAACAGGAGCGGGAAAAAGCUCCCUCAUUGCAGCCCUUUUUAGAUUGUCAGAACCCGAAGGUAAAAUUUGGAUUGAUAAGAUCUUGACAACUGAGAUUGGACUUCACGAUUUAAGGAAGAAAAUGUCCAUCAUUCCUCAGGAACCUGUUUUGUUUACUGGAACAAUGAGGAAAAACCUGGAUCCCUUUAAUGAGCACACAGAUGAGGAACUCUGGAAUGCCUUAAGUGAGGUACAGCUCAAAGAAGCCAUUGAAGAUCUUCCUGGUAAAAUGGAUACUGAAUUAGCAGAAUCAGGAUCCAAUUUUAGCGUUGGACAGAGACAAUUGGUGUGCCUUGCCCGGGCCAUUCUCAGGAAGAAUCGGAUAUUGAUUAUUGACGAAGCGACAGCAAAUGUGGAUCCAAGAACUGAUGAGUUAAUACAAAAAAAAAUCCGGGAGAAGUUUGCCCAUUGCACGGUGCUGACCAUUGCGCACAGGCUGAACACCAUUAUUGACAGCGACAAGAUAAUGGUUUUGGAUUCAGGAAGACUGAAAGAAUAUGAUGAGCCAUAUGUUUUGCUGCAAAAUAAAGACAGCCUAUUUUACAAGAUGGUACAACAACUGGGCAAGGCAGAAGCCGCUGCCCUCACUGAAACAGCAAAACAGGUGUACUUCAAAAGGAAUUAUCCAGAAAUUACUCAGACUGACCAUGUGGGGAACACUUCCAAUGGACAACCCUCAGCCUUAACUAUUUUUGAGACAGCACUGUGAUUC